AUCUCUGGCGGUGUUGUAAUUGCUGCUGACCACCACCCUCCAUAGGUCUGCACCGCCUGGGAACCAUCCAUCCUCCCCCUGCUUGGUUGUGCCUCUUUUGCACUCUGUCUGUGAUAUUGGCUGAGGCUGGUCUUGGGCAGGAGGCUGGCUGACUGCUGGACUGGUGAUUGACUCUGAGUCAUAUUUCCAACUCUAUUGCCUGAAUGACUGAAAGAUCAGAGUAUGAAGAUACAGAACUGUGACAGAUAUGUGGUAGAGGCGGGGACUGUGUUAACUGGUAUUUAACUGCAUCGUCUCUGUAACUGGUACAAUGACUGGGGCUGAGAUUGAGCCUGGUGCCCAGGCCAAGCCUGAAAAGAAGGCUGGAGAAGAGGUUGGGGGUGGGGAUGAGAGAGAGAACGAAGUCCCACUGGUGGUCAGACCCAAGGUUAGGACACAGGCCCAAGUAAUACCUGGGGCAAGGCCCAAAACUGCAUCCAAAGCCAUGAAUGGGGCCAGGCCCAAAACAGAGUCCAAGGCCAUGAAUGGGGUAAGGCCCAAAACUGAGUCCCAGGCAAUGGCUGGGGCAAGGCCUAGAAGUGAAGCCCAGACAAUGUCUGGGGCAAGGCCCAAAACCGAGACCGGGGCAGUAGGUAGGGCAUGUCCUAAAACUGAGGGCAAGGCAAUCCCUGGGGCAAGGCCCAAGUAUGAAGCCCAGGCUUGGGCCCAGACUGAGUUUGGGGCUAAGGCAAUGUCCCAAAAAGAGGGCGUACCCCAGACCAAUGCAGUAGCCUGGCCACUGCUCAGUAGUGAGUGUGGCUCAGGUGCUACACCUGUGGCCCUGUCUGUAGAUAGGGAACUGCUCAGGGUGGACACUGAGGCCUUUCUUGGCUCCCAGGGUCAGACGGGAAUCCAACCCUGGUUUGGAUCAGGGGAGGAAACUAAUACCGGGUCUUGGUGCUAUCCCAGGCCCAGGGCCAGAGCGGAGGGCUCUAAUGAAUCUGGAUUCUGGUCAGCAGAUGAGAUCUCUACGAUGUCUUCCUUCUGGGCUGGAGAAGAGGCCAGUAUCAGAUCACGGCCCAGAGAAGAGGCCAAUACCAGGUCCAGGCACAGGACUAAACAUCAGCCUAACCUCAGGUCUAGGCCCAGAUCCAAGCCAGAUCCCUAUAUUGAUUCCUGGUCUGGGUCUGAGGAGGAGUCUGGCAAUCCAUUCUGCUUGUGUCCUAGAGGAAAUACCAACACCUCAUUCAGGCCCAGAGUCAGAGAUGAGUCUGAAGAUGAGUACUUUAAGGAGUCCUGGUUUGUGCCUGGAGAACAGGCCAAUAGUAGAUUCAGGCCUAGAGACAAGGAAGAGCCCAGUACCGUCCUGAAGCCCAGGGCCCAGAAAGAUGUUGAUAACAGUGAUAGGGUCAAACAGGAGCCCAGGUUUGAGGAGGAAGUCAUCAUUGGGUCCUGGUUCUGGGCAGAGAAAGAGGCCGGUAUGGAGGCCGGGGCUUCUGCCAUCUGUGAGUCCACGCCAGGGGCUGAGGAGGGGGCCAUCGGUGGAUCCUCAUUUGAGACUGAGGAAGAGUUCAGUUUGGGGGCUGUGGCCAGAGAAGAGACCAGGCCAGAGUCUGAAGAAGAGGCCAUAUUUGGAUCCUGGUUCUGGGACAGGGAUGAGGCCUGCUUUGACCUAAAUCCCAAUCCGGUGUACAAGGCUAGUCCCAGGUUCCACGAUUCAGCUGAGGAAAUUAAUACAUCAUCCAGGCCCCAAACUUGGGAAGAGGUCACUGUUGAGUUCAAACCUGGUCCUUGUUAUUUCGUUGGUUUCCCAUCCCUAAGCCCCUUUAGAAUUCCUGAAGAAGCAGCAGCAGCUGAUUUCGCUGAACUGUCUGAGGGAAAGCCCCAGAAUGCAGAACGUACCCCAGAAGGGGAAGAGCAGGAAUCUGUACUUCAGCGCAAUCAGGCUGAUCCUGAAUUCCCAUUUCAGUAUGAACCAUCCUACAGGUCAGUCAGGGAAAUUCGGGAGCACCUUAGGACCAGGGAGAGUGCAGAGCCUGAGAGUUGGUCCUGCAGCUGCAUCCAAUGUGAACUUAAAAUUGGUUCUGGAGAGUUUGAAGAACUCCUUCUGUUAAUGGACAAAAUCCGAGAUCCAUUUAUUCAGGAAAUAUCUAAAAUGGGUAUGAGAAGUGAUUCUCAAUUUUCCCGAGAUUAUUCGGGUGUCGUCUCACUUAUUAAAACCUUGCUCAACUAUCCCUCCUCCCGAGCUAGGACACAGUUUUUGGAAAAUGUAAUCUCAGCUCCACCAUGUCCAAAUCUAAACACGAUUGAGAUACAUGUAUGUCAAGUGUGUGAGGAAACCCUUGCACAAACCGUGGAUUCCCCCGAGCAGCUGCUUGGAUUAAGGCUGCUUAGAUCCCUCACUACAACUACUGACUCUCACACACUGGUUGCCAAUUUUAUGUCUGGGUUUCUCUCCCUGUUAGUGACAGGCGAUGCAACAACAAAGUUUCACGUUCUGAGAAUGCUGUUGAAUUUGUCUGAAAAUGCUGUGGUGGCCAAAAAACUAUUCAGUGCCAAAGCUCUAUCGAUAUUUGUGGGUCUUUUUUUUUUUUUUAACAUACUAGAAGAGUCAAACGAUAACAUUCAAAUUGUUAUUAAAAUGUUUUGGAAUAUCAGUAAUAUUAUAAGGAAUGGAACAAUGGCCUUAAUUGAUGAUGAUUUCAGUCUUGAGCCACUUAUUGCUGCAUUCCAUUAAUUUGAGAACUUAGCCAAGGACCUACAAACCCAGAUAGACAAUCAACAUGAUCCUGAUCCUGAGGGGGGACAAGAAAGCUAAUAUGAUUAACCACCUGCCUCUGAUCGGCCUGAUGUUCCCAAAGAGCCCUGAGUAGUGGCUUUCGUUUUCACAGCCUGGUUUUAUGUC